UGGGAGCGCGCGCAGGGGAUGGGGCGCGAGGCGGGCGGUUGGUGGUUUAAAGGGACACAGUGCGAGGCCGAGCUCGAGCUAUGAAUCAGGCGGCGGCAGUGGGGGGCAGCGAGGCCGAGGCUGAGCUUCAACCUGAACCUGAACCCGAGCCCCUGCUCAGCUCAGCGCCCCCGGCCGUGGCCAAAGAAGAGCAAAAGUGGCCCGGCUCUGCAUCUGUCCCCGCCUCCGGGGCCAAAGAGAAGACGACCUCAACAGUCCCGCUGCUGCCGCCGCCCCCGGGGUUGCCUCUGGCGGCUCGCAGAGCCUUAGCGUCGCUGAGCGAAGAGGCGUCAAAGCUGCGGCGCUCUCGGAGAUCGGAGGAGGGCAAACCGGGCCGUCACGGCCGGCAGAAGAAAACCAAGCGCGUCGUGACUGUAGACACCUCCAAAGCCAAGACUUCAUCCGAGGCGCUAAAGAUUUGUAUCCAGCAGCUGAAGUGGAAGGAGUUUCCAACAGGGCGUCGCCACCUUUGUGAUAUCUAUUGGCACGGAUCGUCUUUUCAUGAUGGUGAAGUUAGCAGCUCAGGUCAAGUCAACAAAUAUCCAGGCAUGACAGAACUAGUGCGUAAGAUCAAUUUUAGUAGGGCUGUUCGCACAAUGCAAGAAUUAUUUCCUGAAGAAUACAAGUUUUAUCCUCGUUCCUGGAUUUUACCAGAGGAAUAUCAAACUUUUGCAGAUCAGGUACGUGUGUCAAAAGAAAAUGAUUCAUCUUGGAAACCUACUUUUAUUGUAAAGCCAGAUGGAGGAUCCCAAGGUGAUGGAAUCUACCUCAUUAAAGAUUCUAAUGAUGUCCGAAUGUUGGCCAACCUCCAUAGCAAGCCAGCAGUGGUCCAGGAAUAUAUCAGCAAGCCAUUACUGAUCGAUAAAUUGAAAUUUGACAUUCGAUUGUAUGUCUUGCUCAAAUCAUUAGACCCACUGGAGAUCUACAUAGCCAAAGACGGUCUGUCUAGAUUCUGUACAGAACCAUAUCAAGAGCCUAACAGUAAAAAUUUUCAUCGAGUAUUUAUGCACUUAACAAACUACUCUCUGAAUGUCCAUAGUGGAAAUUUCAUUCAUUCUGACAGUGUAAACACUGGAAGCAAAAGGACAUUUUCAAGUAUUGUAACCAAGCUUUCUAUGCGAGGCUAUGAUGUGAAGAAAAUGUGGUCGGAUAUUAUCACAUUAGUAAUUAGGGCUAUUAUUGCAUUGGUUCCUGAAUUAAAAAUUUAUCAUCAAACAUAUAUUCCUCCAGGAAAACCUGGACCGACAUGCUUUCAGAUUUUAGGAUUUGAUAUACUUCUGAUGAAAAACAUGAAGCCUGUUUUAUUGGAGGUGAAUGCCAAUCCCAGCAUGAGAAUAGAACAUGAACAGGAGAUUUCUCCUGGACUCUUUGAAUAUGUUGCUAGUCCUGUGGAUGAAGAAAUAAAAGUUGCCAUCAUUAGAGAUACACUCUGUUUGGUUGAUCCAGCACUGAAAAAAAAUAAUCGUCAUCAAUCAUGCCUCACUGAUGUUGCAGCAGAUAGUGACAAAGAGAAGACAACUGAAGCUGAACUACACGACAUGAAUGGGACUCCCUCUAGCAAAGAGCAGAACUUGUCAUCCCUCUGCUUGAAACAAGUCUUUCCUAAAUAUUCUAGACAAUUCAGUUACCUGCUGAUUGUGGACCGUAUUGCUCUACUGUUUAUCAGAUUCCUGGGCAUUAAAGGAAGUAUGAAACUUGGUCCAACAGGAUUUCGGACUUUCAUCAGGACCUGUAAACUCAGCAACAGUAACCUGUCAAUGGCAUCUGUUGAUAUUUUAUACAUUGAUAUUGCACGAAGAUGGAAUGUCAUUCGUGGGGACAGAGGAGAAUCUGGUAUGUGUUUUCAAGCAUUUAUGGAGGCCAUCUUUCACUUGGCACAGAGGAGAUAUAAAACUCCACCUCUGCGUGAGCAAGUUGAGGCACUGGUCAACUUUUGUGACUAUCAGCUGGAAGUCCAGGAAGACAAACACAUUCUGUAUGGCCGUGGAACAACAGACCAAAGAUUGAGCUUAACUAUGUAUCAGCCUGAAGGAUCUCGUUCAGGUGCUACCAAUCACAUGCACUUAUUAAACCGUAUGAGCAUGUCCAAUAGAUUGCCGGCAUCAUCAUUACCUGCAUCUGCGGAUCAACAGCUUGUAAAUUCAAUGAGUUCACGAGAAAGAGAACACUCCAACGGGACAUAAAGAGUCGGAAAGGAUGGUGGGCUGCCUGAUAUUCAGCUCCUUGCCCCUUAAAGUGAAGAAGAUCCUGAAUCUGCUUGUCCAAGUGGCUGAGUGAUCAUGUCCAAGUCUUUGGACUGGUAUUGGAGGCUGCCCUUGACCUACUGUGCAGGAAACCCUGAGUGAAGGUUUGAAUUGACUGAGGCCUGCUACAACUAUGACAAGCUUCCUGCAUUUGUGCCUACGUUGAACAGUGAGGCAAGGUAAUAUAAUAAAAGUCUGGUAUCUCUGGAGCCAAAGAAGGCAAUGAAAGCUAUAGAUGCUGUCAGUAUCCAGGGAAGCAUUGAGUGAAUGAGCUCUAUGAUAGUGAGUGAAGAAUCUCAGGAUGCAGCCUGGUCCUCUCCAUGAACUGAGUGUCUCCUCCUGAGCGCACAGUGUCCUUGCAGCAGCAUUAGACUGGUAGUUGUUGGUGCAACCCUGAGGUGCAGCAUUAAAAUGCAGAAGUGGCCUUGCAAAUGGCCUGGAGAUUUACCAUAAGGGUUCUUCAAAACUGGCACUAUCAGAUGCCAAUGUUUGUGGACUUGGGGUGUGAGUGGCCAGCGCUUGCUCUGAGAUAUUGGUGCCCGUUCACCAACAUGAAGGUCCUCUAAACAAGCAAGGCGCUGAAUUCACCAAGUACUCACUUUGACUUCCAUGUCAAGCUCUCUUGUCUAACUUGCUUGACAUAUUUGAUAAGAUAUAAGGUUAAAUAUCAAUGAUGAGUUGUCUGUUACAAGCAAUAAUCCCCUUUAAUUGGCAACUCACCACUGCCUAAUGAAAAACUCCACUUGCUGCUUGUCAAAAACAUAAAUGAUGGCACAAGAUACUCCUGACAUUGAGAUCAACCUUACUGUGCCUUAUGGCACAAAUCUCGCCAUAGCUCAUAAUGCUCAGACCCAUCUAAGUUUCCACCCCAUUCUCUUAGAUACUGUAACUAGCAUCAUUUAAUUAAGGGGCCAACCACUGAAUUCUCUCCUUUGUUCUGGUGGUUGUGAUAAUAGCUGCUAAAAGUGUCGAGAGUGUGGUGCUGGAAAAGCACAGCAGGGACAUGCAGCAUCCGAGGAGCAGGAGAAUUGACGUUUCGGCAUAAGCCCUUCAUCAGGAACAUGAAGACCUUAUGCCCGAAAUGUCAAUUCUCCUCCUUGGAUGUUGCCUGACCUGCUGUGCUUUUCCAGCACCACACUCUCAACUCUGAUCUCCAACAUCUGCAGUCCUCACUUUCUCCUCAAUGCUAAUAGUGUGAAAGAUGCAGAAAUCUUUGGCCUUGCAGCAAGCGCCAUUAGAAUUAUUAGUAAUUUUGCAAAAGGAAAAUAGGAAAGUUAUAUGUUUGGAGAUUGUAGAUCUGUCUCUACCAUCAUUUUUGUACUAGCAUUCUGAGUCAUAUUUCAUUUGAAAGUUAAUUGCAUGUCCAUCAUCACAGUUGUUGACAGACCUGAAGAAUAUUUCCAGUAUUUUCUUAUUUUUCAGAUUUCCAAAUGUAAUCAUAGCUGGCAAAUCAUUGAAUCGACUUAAAAGGGGUUGCAUGUAAGGUACAGUGUAGUAUUCUGCAAUUUAAAUCAAGCUUUGUUUGACCUGACCUGACCUGUCUGUUGGUGUUAUGAGAACAUCCUGAGGUGAGUCAGCAGCUAAUAAUUUGUAGGUAUAUGAAGAUUAUUAAAGGAUAUUCUACUAGUGAUUCCCUCAAUUGUAAAGAUACUAUUCACUGACAGUAAAUUUGUUUAAGUUUUCUGAAUAACUUUGAGGUUUAUCAGGUGAAAAUGUGAAAUAGCCUUUCAAGUGACAUGUUUGACUAGUGAUGCUUUUUCAGAGGGACAUUUUGAUUGAUGCAUGCAAAAUAAAUACAUGUAUUUUUAUUCAUGCACAUUUAUUAACACUUCAGACUAUUAUUUAAAUUUGU